AUGGUCCCUCCACCAUUUGCCGGCUACCCUUCAGGAUGUCCUGAAUGCGGUACGACGAAGUACCUGUUUUCCUGUAAAUGCCAUGCCAUAUUCUACUGCAGAUAUGAGCAUAAACGGCUUCAUAGCAGAAUCCACAAUGAAGUCUGCUGCCUGGCGAUAGUCACCGCACGCCAGAAUUACGAAGAUGGGAAAAGGGAACUCUCUGGAAGCCAAGUGAAGUUUCUUCACCCAGAAGACGUGCUGCAAAUUGACUCUAUCUACCUCACCAAAUCCAAGAACCCGGUAUUUGACAAAUGUCUAAAGCAUAGACAUGUGCUGGCUCGGGCGUUGAGAACCGUCCAUACUCGACAGGGUCUUGAUGAAAGUACAGACCUCCUCCGGUGGAAUACGAUUCUUCGACCUGAGUCUGAGUAUUCUGCCCCACGCGUUGUGGCUUCGUAUCUCAUUCGAGCGAGCCGUGAUGACGAGUGCCAUGCCUUUCUUUGGCAGUAUACCCUCAGCCUCUGCCGGCGCAAAAAAUGGCUUACCGACGAACAGAUGGCCACUGUGGGAAACGGCGACCCAUGGAAUGAUGGCUACCUACUGCACCGUCCGUUUGUACCUAGCUUAGUGCUCAUUUUCGCGACCCUCAUCAAACUCCGCAUGCUUACAGAGCUGGAAGAGCUCGAGAAGAUCAACGACGCAGUGACCGAAACAGUUGGUAGAAAGCUCCCAUUGGAGUUACUGGAACACAUACGAUUCCACCUUUUCAAGAACCCGAUUUUGGCGACGAGGCACAAUACACGACAGACCAGCUAUCGAGAAAAGAUCGUGCUCCUGAGGGGUCAAAUCGCGCGGCUGUGGUGGGCAGUGCGAGCACGUUGCAGGUACAUGUGGCCUUAUCUUCUUGACUGUCGGGUGCUGCUACGACUCGAAUGCUCACGGCAUACUCACCGGAUGGGACGUGCCGGGUGCACAUUGUGCCAUCUAAAAGAAAUGUCCAAGUUUCAUAUCGAGGACGCGUGGAAGCAAUCGCCUGGCGCCCUUGAAUAUAUCACCGACAUGGUUUACAGAUAUGAUUCGGAGUGCAUUGUUGGCGAUGAUGAAUUCCUCGGCUACCGAGCAACUUUACAAGCUUAG